AGGCUGAACACAACAGACUGGCUUGACUUGCAGUUGUAUUAUGAUAUUGUUGUAGUGAAUUAUUACUUAUGAAAAGAGUUUUGUCAACACUGGGAGUAUGCCUGGAUAAAAUGGGACAAUUGUGGACAUUUCUUUCCCUCGUCGGACGUGAUUUUUAAAGGUGCCGGCACCUUUCGUGCCUUGGGGCUGAAAGAUAAAGCAAGAAAAGGAGAUGGAAAAGAUGACUGCGCUCCACUUGUCAUCAGCCACAACUUUAACACUCUCAGAGACUGAAAGGAAGUGAAAAGAAUCAUCUGACAUACGGGCAAGAGAGUGAGACAAAGAGAAAACAUCCAACACCAUAAGCCACACUUAAUAAACCAGAGGAAAUGGCUUUCUUGGACAAUCCAGCCAUUAUUCUGGCCCACAUCAGACAGUCUCAUGUGACCAGUGAUGAUACAGGAAUGUGUGAGAUGGUACUAAUAGACCAGGAUGUGGAUCUGGAGAAGUGCCAGCUGGCUCUGGUGCCCGGCAGCAGCUGUGGGUCAACAGGGUCGGGUUCCCUGAGCGAGGGGGGCAGCAGCUUGACAGACAAUCAUGCCUGUGACCUCUCCCAGUCCAUGGACAUCACCUCCAGCUGGGACUUUGGCAUCCGUCGGCGCUCCAACACAGGACUCCAACCAGACAGCCGCGAGAAACCUGGGGCAGCUGCCCAAAGACUUGAAAGGUUAAGGAAAGAACGACAGAACCAAAUCAAGUGUAAAAACAUUCAGUGGAAAGAGAGGACAUCCUCCCAAUCAGUGGAGGAUCUGGGGUCCCUGUUUGAAAAACGGGACUUUAAAGACCGGCCACGGACAACAGGUACAAAAUCCACUCUUUCACUGCGGCUGGAGCAGUGUCCCCAGCAGCUCAACAACCCCUUCAAUGAAUACUCCAAAUUUGAUGGCAAGGGCCACAUUGGCACGACAGCUACAAAAAAGAUAGACGUCUACCUCUCAAUGCAGAUUGCUCAGGAGAAAGUACAUCCAAUGACAGUGGUGACCAUCGCCAACGCCCGCGUCCACGACCUCAUCGGGCUCAUCUGUUGGCAGUACACAAGUGAGGGACGAGAACCCAAACUCAAUGAGAAUGUGAACGCCUACUGCCUCCACAUUGCUGAGGAUGAUGGCGAGGUCGACACUGACUUCCCUCCACUGGACUCUAAUGAGCCAAUCCAUAAGUUUGGUUUCAGCACUCUGGCCUUGGUGGAGAAAUACUCCUCACCUGGCCUUGCUUCCAGACAGUCGCUGUUUGUCAGAAUAAAUGCUGCUCAUGGUUUCUCUCUAAUCCCUGUGGACAGCCUGAAGGUAACCAUGAAGGAAAUUCUUCAGAAAGCACUCAAGAAGAGGAAAGGCUCACAGAAAGGCUCAGGGCCCAUGUAUCGUCUGGAGAAGCAGACAGAGCCGAACGUUGCAGUAGACGUGGACUCGACGCUGGAGAGCCAGAGCACCCUGGAGUUUUGUCUAGUCAGAGAAAACAGCUCCAGGGGAGAGGAGAGCUCAGAGGAAGACCCUCCUAUUGACAUCACCACAGUUCAAGACAUGUUGAGCAGUCACCAUUAUAAGUCCUUCAAGAUCAGUAUGAUCCACAAGCUGCGCUUCACCACAGAUGUCCAGCUAGGCAUUUCAGGAGAGAAAGUGGAGAUCGAUCCUGUCACCAAUCAGAAGGCCAGUACUAAGUUCUGGAUUCGGCAGAAACCCAUCUCUAUUGACUCGGACCACCUCUGUGCCUGUGACCUUGUGGAGGAGAGAAGCCCCAGUCAUGCAAUAUUUAAGCUCACUUAUCUCAGCAACCAUGACUACAAGCCUCUCUACUUUGAGUCCGAUGCUGCUACUGUCAAUGAAAUAGUGCUAAAGGUGAACUACAUCCUGGAGUCCCGGGCCAGCACCUCUCGGGCGGAUUACUUUGCCCAGAAGCAGCGGAAACUGAGCCGCCGGACCAGCUUCAGUUUCCAGAAAGAGAAGAAGACCGGCCAGUAGACGGCGUGAAGCUGCUCAGCCACCUGUCUGUCUGCAUGUAUGUGCACAGACAGAUGCAGAAACAAGGCCUGACAGUCUCAUACACAGACACAGCAGGCUAAACAGAAGCGGAGGCUCACAGGAGAGUCAAGUCAGAGGAGACGAGAGUGACGGGCUGGAAACGGACUGGGAAGACGUGUCAGUAGUUGGAAGCCUCCAUGAGCGAAGAGAGUCCACAAGCAAAAACAAACCUGUUAUUCUUUCUGCAGGACAAAGGAAAAGACUUCCAGGACAGAGACUUGGCUGCCAAGUCACCAUCUAUUCUUGUUCAUUCACUGCCUCUGAAUUUAAGCUUCAUCCCUCAGGAUGGAUUUGUAUAGCUUCAACAAGUUGGUUAUGUCCAACCAACCAACCGACAAACAAAUCAAAGCUACAUGCUAAAUCUUUGCUUCCUCCAUCUUUAAGAGAUUUAACACAACACCAUGAAAAGAAAUCUUCACAUUUUUAAUGUACUGUACAUAAACAUUUUACAUUCAGGAAAUUAAAUAAUGAUGAUAUAGAAAUGAAAUAGCUCAGUCUGGAUUUUUAAAAACACAUCAGUGCCCUUCUGCCUUGAAUCCAGAUAGCAAAUCCUUAACAUUAUCUACACUCAGCUGCCAACUUAUUAGGUACACCUAGUUAAAACUAAUGCCGUCUUACCCAACGGUCCUCUGACAAACCCUGCCUUCAUUAAGGUCAUAAUGAUCACAACAUCAUGACCUUCAUGAAGGUAGGCCUUAGGAAUCUAGUCUGCAUUAGCUUUAGCUAGGUUUACCAGUACAAAAAAAUGGCAAGUGAGUGUAACAGUGUUGAUGCAGGGUGAUUUGGAAGGGUGUGAUUAUGGCACAUUUUUAGGAUUUUAAACUGCUUCAUAUGAAACCUUUGAAGAGACAUUAGCAGUGAAGAGAAAUGGUCAGUUUUGUCUAAGUGGAUUAACCAACACACAGCACACAGGGAGGUUACUCAGAAGACGUUUGAAUGCCUUGGCUUUACGCCGUCUUUAUCUUUUCUCGUUCAGCAGUGAACCUGACAGUGACUGUAGAAAACAUGGCUGUAUCGUCUGCGUCAUCACUCACUGGAAUUGUGGUUCACAGCUUACCACUAUUUUGAAGGUAGAAAACUCGCAUUGAGUUAUUGCGGUGGAGCUGAGGUCUGUCGACCGAGACAAGUCACCUCAGUCAAGCCAACACCCACCAACAUAAGUCUCUUAAAGCCUUAAAGGUACCCUGUGGAGUCGUACCACUAGCAGUGCUACAAAGUGAUGUUUAGAUGACGAAGCAGUUGACACAAUACAGAUUCCUGCUGACAGUUCAGACUAUUCCACUGACAAAUACUGCCAGCAAUUCAACAUGUCGUAAACCAGCAAUAGAUUUAUUCUGCUCUGAUUGGCUAGUCACCACCAGCUGGCAUGCGACAAGGUAGUAUUAGUAGUAGUAUUUCCUGAGUGAUGUUUUAUUUUUCAAGUCCUACUUGCUUGUUUAAGUUAUAUCACAGAGAAUUGGCUGAAUAGAAUUGAGGCAGUCUCAUGUCACUGGGUGGCAGAGGCAGCUUAUUUCCCAAGAUUCAGCUCACAAUCAGUGACAUCUUGUCACAUUCAUUAAGUUGGUAUGUGUUAACUGGAUCGAUCCAAUGCAUAGUGAUGAAAAAACAGGGUACCUUUAAAGUAUAGUUUUAGAUAUAUAAUCAAAUCCAUCUUAAAUCUACCACUAUCUUCACCAUCAUUCCCUCCGUCCAUACUGCUGUGAAGUGAUCUCCCCUGCAGUGACUACAUUGUAAAAGUGGGGGAGAAAAUCCACAGUCCUGUGCAGAUGAAGCCUCUAUGAGGUCCAGCUGACUACUGAUAUGCCACAUGUGAGCCUGGUUCUGUGUAUACUACACUGAGAUAUGUUCACAUGUACAGCUGAUGCAUACGGCCAGUCCACACAGUCAGGAUACAGCUAAAUGACGGGAUACGUGUCCUUUGAGCUUUAGCCAAAUUAACUGGGUAUCUUGUCCUGGAAGUUUGGAAACUUUGGAAAUGACUAAUGCUGGGUUCUGACAGUCACUUCCAUUUUGUUUGAGGGAUUUCUGGAUUCAGGGAGCUCUGCGGCCAACAAAUCCCCUAUCAAAUCUUUCAUUCACUUUCUCCCUUAGACCAUACCUCUAGCCUCUUUUUGACCUUACUGGCAUCUGCAAAGAGAAAACUGCCAACAUGUACAAACACAUGCUAACUCACACAGCUGUUAACAAGACUGACCAACUGAGCUGAAGGCAACCCGCCUUGACUUAAACGUUCCAAAGUGUGGAUAUACUCAACCAAAGUCAACCAAACAACUGCCAAAUGCAAUAUUUGCAGCAAGUCGCUUGCUUGAAUAUUUAUCCAGCGUCCAUCCUGUUAAAGUAAGAACUUGAGAAGGACGAGUGCUCCUCCUCAGCCGAAGUAGAGGGUGACUUUCCACUUUUCAGGUAACCGCAGUACAUUGUGUUUGCAGAAGAAUAAUAUUUCUGCCGUGUUGUUUUCCCUUCUGCACCCGUGAGACGUCUUCAUUCUCAACCAAACAAAGUAACCACAAACAUUUGAUCAGGGAUUUAAAGGAUUUGGUUUCAGAGCUAGAUUCAGGUUGGCUAGAACUUUGCUGCAGCUUAACUUUAGACUGCAUUCUCUGCAGAAUGAGGACUGUGGAUUUUGUCCCUCGUCUCUUACAGCACAGUUGUAAGUACGGAGAGGAGACAUAGUUUCCUUUCUACAUGGUUUUUCUUCAGUGUUCGCUCAUAGUGGUUGCUGCAUUUUUGUAAACCAAACCGAUCAAAGCAACACCGGUUUCUUUCCAACGAGCAGAUUAUUGAUUGUUCACCUGUUUCACUGCUUGACACGCUGUGCCAAUGUGUACGUUUCUCUGCUGCUUAGGCUAAUGGAAGUGGCCUAAUGUUACUUGAAUUUGAACUACAUCUCCCCAUGUAUCAACACACAGCAGGUGAAGAACAAAGCAAACAAACAGAAGUGACUGAGCGAGGGUUAAACUGACCCUCUAAAACUGCUCCAUGGUGAAUGUUUGGCACAGUACUGCCAUGAUUCUGUACACAUAAUAGCUUUACAAACAUACAGAGAGGCAUUAUUCAAUGGAAGUGCAGUGUCAUCAUCAACAAUUCAGAUGAGCUUUCUUUCAAUUCUGACUUUCACAUCGCCUAAUUAUGACUCAGCAUUUUGCAACGGUCUUAUCUGUAAAAAGAGAAACUUUGGGAACACUUGAUGUCAAAGUUCCAGUUAGUCCCCAUGUCCCAGGAAGUGAAUUUUAAUUUCAGUUUGUGCGGAUGGUUUUUGUGUAAGAAGUACAGCAUGUCAUAUGGUUUUGAGAAUGAAACUUAAA